GGUUAAUCAUCAACAUCACUCAUAUUCGCCGAAGCUUAAAAUGACGCAGGUACACAUCAUCUUUCUAUCAGGCUACAUAAUAUAUUCAUGCAAAGCGGAAAUAAAUCAACAAUGGCAAGAGGACUUUGCUAAAAUCAAGUCUUGGUACUAUUUACUUUUAUAUACAAAUGGCAAGUUUCCACACUUAGAAGUAUACACAUAAAAGAGCAUAUCCACAUAUCUAGAAGCUGUGGUGAGCGCGACGGAAACGCUGCAGACGUUCGAGGCGCUUGACAGAACGCUUGCAACCAGUCGAGCCAGAGCCAGAGCCAGAGCCGGAGCCAGAGCCGGAG